CUCUCUCUCUCUCUGUGUGUGUGUUUUGUGUAGGAGAGCUGUACCAGUAUACCCUCUCAUCUGGCUUGUUGCCUGUCUAGCAAGAGUGUGGCUAACUUGCUGCAUGAAGCCUCUGACAGGAACCAAAUCUCUGUGACGACAUUGGGCGAACCUAUCACGGGCAGCAAGAACAGCCAAUCAGACGGCUGGAGCAGCGUGGAUGAGGAUGAUGGGGCGUUUGAAGCUAAUGGUCAGGAGGCGAUGUCACCUUCCAAAGGCCCCCUUAUAGUUUCAGAAGAAGAGUUGGCCAGCCUAGCCAUGAUCAGUCCAGCUAAAACCAGUCAAUACUCUGGGCCCAGAGUGAAAGCCCUGAUACAGAUACUACAACAUCAACUAGACCAGCAAGAACUGGUCCGAGAGUUCAUGGCCUUGGAGCAUCUACAGCCAUUUGAUAACUGUCUGGUGGGGAAAGCUCCUGAGAACCGGGAGAAGAACCUCUACCGGGACAUCCUGCCCUAUGAUAAGGCGCGUGUUCUAGUGGGUGAUAACCAGGACUAUAUUAACGCCAGUUAUAUCCGUAUGGAGGUUGGCAGUGAGGAGUUAUUCUAUAUCUCCUGCCAGGGUCCUCUGCCCUCCACCAUGCCUGACUUCUGGCAGAUGGUCUGGGAGAACAGGUCUGAUGUGAUAGCCAUGAUGACCCAGGAUGUGGAGAGAGGCAGGGUGAAGUGUCACCACUACUGGCCAAAGAAGGUUAGCUGUCCCCUGGACACGGGACCCUUCCAUCUCAGCUUGGAGAACCAGCAGAUCCAGGAAUACUUCCACAUCAAGAUCAUCCGCAUGGUGGAGAAAGAGUCUGGUAAGACCCACUUUGUCCAUCACCUGAAGUUUACCCGUUGGCCUGAUCACGGUGUGCCGCAGUGUUCAGAGCAGCUGGUCAGGUUUAUCCGUUACCUCCGAGCGGUCCACCAUAAAGGACCUGUCACUGUACACUGUAGUGCUGGAAUAGGACAAACAGGAGUACUGAUCUGCACCGAUGUCAUACUGAGUCUCAUAGAAUACGAUCUCCCGAUCAAGGUCAGUAGCAUUGUUAGGGAGAUGAGACUGCAGCGAUAUGGCAUGAUUCAGACCAAGGAACAGUACCUGUUCUGCUACAAGUUAUGGUUGGAGGUUCUACAGGGCAUCCUGCAGCUGCAUGGUAACCGAUGGCAUUCUGAGAGCACCCGCAAAUUGCAACCUGAGAGCCCCCGCAAAUUGCAACCUGAGAGCCCCCCGCAAACUUAUGGGCCCUCACAAACACAGUAGCCGAUGGCAACCCGAGAGCCCCCAUGAAGAUAACCAAUUUGUUUAACCAGUUACUUCCCACCUUCCCAAAGAAGAUACCUUAUCAAUGAAGAUGUGUAAUAUUUGAAUAGUUGACUGUGUAAGUUAUACAUUUGUUAGCAGUUUAAUUUGUUAUGAGCACUGUAAGUAUGUGUUUUAGCCAGCUACUUUAUUUGUUGUCAUGCCUAACAUGACUAUUAACAGUUGGCUAUAGCACAUAUAGAUGGAAGACCAGGCUAUGUUUCUGCAGUGUUUUGAUAUUUGGGUUAUGCAUUUAUUGAUGGAGGUAGACAUUCUUACUGUUGGGUCUUUCUGUGUUCUCAAACUGUGAUUAUAGUAUUUAAAAAAUUGUGAAAUAAGUGCAUGUUAAUCAUUUAUUAAUUCUGUCCAUGACUGAAACCAAAAGUGAAUAGAAUCAAGUGCCUUGGAAAGACUUGCAGCUUUAUGUGACACUGAUUAAUGAUCCAGGUUUCUGGGGGUGAAUCCAAACAUGUGAUCUUGGAGUGCUAAGAGACUCACAUUUUUGUUUGUUUCACCCCCAGAAACCAGGUUUGAUUGAACAGUAACCUCAGUACAAAUGCUCUGUGUGAUUCUGUAAGGAAUGUCUGUCCGAUACUGUUUUUGUUCAAAUCUUGUUGUCCCAAAACUCUGAUUCACUGUGUGUGAAUUUUGCAGCACAAUAGUGAAACUCUAUUCAUUUUGCAGUCUAAUCUCUAUGACCACUGAGCAAGUGCUUGAAGUUUGAAAUAUAAUGGGGGUCAAAUGCACAAAAUCAUUGUACAGUAACAUCACCAUUGUAGUUGCAGUUUCAGUAGCAUGAUAAUAUGCUUUAACAUUCACUACCAGUACAGUAUAGCCUCGGUCUGAUCACUGAUCUGUCAGGACCCGGUUACGAACCCGGGUCUCUGGAGUGAGAGACAGUCACUCAACCAACUGAGCCACGAAUAGUCGGUAGAACCCAGAAGAUGAGGCAG